AUGGCGGACCAGGAUUCCAACGCCUUAUUUGGCCUCGACGACUCGACCCUCGGCGUUGCCCCGUCCUUCCUCAACGACUCGGAAGGCCAGAACGUCAACAAGUCCGAUUCCAACGGACCCUCCAACAUCGCCGGCGACAACCCGUCCUACUACGACGCGACCAAUUGGUCCUUUCAGGACACACCCCCGUACGAUUCCUACAACAUCGCGGCCACCACCGCCGCUUGCGCCACUCCUCUCUUCCAGACGGCCGCGCCCUGGGAACUCUCUCCGAACCAGCACCAGCAACACCAGCACGGCGUCCCCAACGUUUCCUCCGCCCUUGAUCACUCGACUCUCGCCCAGGCUGGCUUCUAUGCCGCUCCCACUCCCGCUCCCGCCCCCAACCACCACUCCCACCGAGCCGGCCAACACUCCCUCCCGCAAGAGACGCUGAGCCUCUUGACUCCCGCCCAGCAGGAGAAGCUUAGAAACAUCGCCAUGCCCGCCCAUCUCCAGUACCAAUCCCCCAAGAGCGAGCCGAGCCCCGGAUCUGCCACGAGCGACCACAAGGCAGCAGGACUGUCGUCCCCCGAUGCUCAGGAUCUCUCGAGCAAGGCCAGCAGGAAGCGCAAAUCAUCGGCCGAGGUCGACGAUGAGGACGACGAAGAUGACGAGAACCACCCCGUCAAGAAGACGGCCCACAACAUGAUUGAGAAGAGGUACCGCACCAACCUCAACGACAAGAUUGCCGCGCUCCGCGACAGCGUGCCCAGUCUGAGGAUCAUGUCCAAGAGCGCCCGCGGCGAGGACACGACCGAGGAUCGCGAGGAAUUGCACGGCUUGACGCCGGCUCAUAAGCUGAACAAGGCUACGGUUUUGAGCAAAGCGACCGAGUACAUCCGCCACCUCGAGAAGAGAAACAACCGACUCCUCGACGAGAACAGCGCUAUGCAAGCCAGAAUCAGCGCGUUCGAGAAGCUCUUCGUCGCUGGCGCGAUGAACGGCGCGAUGAGCCCGCUCCAGCAGCCGCCAACCCCGAUGCAGUACCCGCAAGACCAUUACAUCAACACACCCAUCGGCACGCCACGCGGCGAGUCCGCUCAGGGCAUGAUUCCUGUGCCUGAAGACAUGAAGCGCAUCAUCUCUGCCCAGAUGGCGGUCGGCCAGCCGUACCCCGUCCCGCAGCAGGGAUACCGCGGAAACCCCACUCUCAUGCGCCAACAACAGAUCCAGCAGCAACAGCAGCAGAUGCAGCAGCAAGGACGCUGGGGCGCCGGUCCUUACUUUGGCAAGCUGAUGGUUGGCUCGCUAGCUGGCCUGAUGAUUAUCGAGGCUGUCCGCGAGAACGAGCAGAGCAACGAGUCGCCCGAGGGCCGCGGCCUCUUUGCCAUGCCCAUCCAGCUGCUCAGCUACCUUGGGUCGACUUCACACAUGCACGUCGGCGGCUAUUACAUCUCGCCUGCUCAGGUCAUUUCGCAUCUGAAAUUCUUGCUCUUCCUUGGCACCUUCUUGUGGGUCUUCGUGCCCUCGCUGUUUGUCUCGUCUGAGAAGAAGCCCAAGAAGGCCCAUCACCUCCGGGAGUCACUUCAGGCUGCAGGCUCGGUCGCCUCACCGAUUCAUGUGCGUCGUCAGGCCUGGUUGACGGCCAUUCAGACUGUCUGGGUCCCGCAACACAACUUCUUCCUCGAGGCUGCGGCCUUGAUCUUGAAGACGAUGAAGCUGAGCAUUCGCAACGCUAUUGGCGUCCACGGCUACCAGAUGCUCACCGGCCUGACCGAGGAGCAGGAGGCUGCCCGCGUCAAGGCGUGGUCCAUUGCUCUGGACGCUCAACUGGCGGGAGGCGACGUUGAGAUUAACAAGAGCCGCCUUACGCUUACACUUUUGGCGUCCGGCACCCUUCCCGAUACCCCCUCCCGGUUGAUGCUCAAGGCCCUGCACGUUCGCGUGCUUCUCUGGGACCUCGGCUCCAAGGGUUUGCACAACAUUGUUGCCAAGAAACUCGCUAGCUCCCUGUGGAACGAGGCCAGAAACCUUAACCGUGUGCUUGCUCAGCUUCGCCGCAACUCGGAACAAGUCGACGACGAUCUUCCCGACCACCUUGCUGCUCUGAUCGAGUUGGAAUGCGAUGAAGUCCUCAACAACAGUGUUAUUCAGCGAGCGUACAACCUGGCAUGGAACCUGGCGACGACCGAUGGCGUCACCGAUCACAACGAUGGCAUGGACUCGGUCGUUGACGACCAGGCGGUACGUUCGCCUCUCGAUGCCGUUGCGGCUUGGUGGUCAAGCCAGACCAUCCAGCGCGCCUUGGUCACCAGUCUCGAGGCUGGCAAGGACGAUGGCGAUGCCCCGAGAGUGGUGUCGACCUGCUUGGAGUCGGCGCUCAAGACCGCCCCCAUCGGAUCUGGUGUACAAGCACGUGCUCUGGUGGCCCGCGCUGUCCUCGUUGACGAGAAGCGGGGUGCCAACAUUGCCGCUGCGCUCCAGGAUAUCCAGCCCACCAGCGAGCAAAACUCUCUGAGCCAGAUUGCCGCCAUCAUUGACUCGUCCACAACCGCUCAAGCUCCCGAUGUCCAGAUGGCGCUCAAGUGUGCCAUGGCCAUUGCUCACCUACAACGUGCCAAGUUGAACGCCGCUCCACCGCAAGAGGGUCUUCUUCUUAUCGAGAAGGUUGCCCGCCCCAGAACCACUGCCAACAUGUCGCUCCUCGGCUGCACCGCCCUCUUCAAACUCAUGGAAGAGCUGUUCGCCAACCGAUCGUCAACCGAGUGCUUCAGCACCUCCCUCGAGCGUCUCGCCGGCAGCCUCCGCAUUUGGAUCGGCAGCGCGCCCGGUGAAAAGUGUGGUCUUGAGCAGGACGUCCGUCACAAGAUGGUGGACCGCUGCAUCGGCAUCACCAAGAGCGUCGUCGGCAUGGAGGCGGACACCGGCUACGGUAGCAUGAGCGAGUGCGAGGAGGAGGGCUGCUGA